AUGCACACCAUCCAACCCCAGGCAACUGUAUUACGCGUCCCGGGCGGUGGGGGGUGCAUCAGCCCGCCCAAUCCGGAAGGACCCCGGUACAAGCGGUUCGUCCGGGUUGCGGACGGUUUCCAUCUCAACCGACAACAACCACCGACCCCCAUCACGGGCCACUCCGACAUGAACGUCACCAAUUCCGUAAAUAAGACUGUCAAUCCCAGCGAACUCUUCCUGGACGCAAACCAACCCGGAACCGCUUGGGACCAGUCACCGUAUCACUCUGACCUGCUCUUCGCCGGACUUGGCUUCGACAAUAGCUUCGCCAUCGGCCAGCACGCGAAUGACGCCUUCAGCGCUCUCGAGAACACCAAGCGAUUGACGGCAAACUUUCCAACCCAACCAUCGCUUGUUACGCAAUCGCAGGUCUUGGAAGCGCAGCCAACAGGAAACGGGCCCACCUAUCUCGACUCCAUCCAACACUCGGGUCCCAACUUCGACUGGGCAGGGGACAAUUCCAUCAACUCCAUCAACUUCUCCAUCCCCACUCCCUUCACCAUCCCUCAGCAACCCGUUUCCGGCUGGAACACUACCCCCGCGACGACUCCUCUUGCGCCCCGUCAGCAUCGCAUUCCCGGUCCCGGCUCUGGUCCCGGUCGCAACUUUGGUCUCGCUAACGAACAAGCAAACCAUCUAAGCGAGAAGGACAAGUACCUCGCCAUCACACAUCGACAAACUGAUCAAUACCAUCGUAUCGAGAAGCGCACCAAGCUUCAGCGAUUGGUCAACAACAUGAAGACAUUGCCCGUCGUCAUUGAAGACAGGCCGUGCGAGUUUCCCAAGCUCAGCAAACGGGGAAAGCACAGGGAUGAGGACGACCUCGACGAAGACGAGCGGGUACUCAAGGGCGAGGAGGCCAAGGGUAUGACUUCAGCGCAGAGGCGUCAACUUCGCAACAAAGUCUCGGCUCGCAAUUUCCGUGCCCGCAAAAAGGACUACAUCAAUGACUUGGAGGAAAAGUGCAAAGAGCAACACCGCACAAUCCUCCAGCUGGAGGCCAACAUGCGUGCCCAGAUUACCGACAAUGAGCGCUGUAAGGCUCUCAUCGUCGAACUCUUGGGACUGCCAGAAAUGGCGAAUGUGCUCGGUCACUACGAAAAGAAGAUCAGCGCCAUGGCCCAGACGAUUGCCCCUGCCCAGUCUCAGAUCAACAUGGACAGCAGUAUAUCGGACUCGAUCGGAAUGCCCUCUUCUCAGUCACAGUCUCAAAGCAUGUUCUCAACCUCAACGUGGGCGCAGCAGCUGGGAGAUGAAUCGGCCGAUGUCGAUGAUUUCAGUGAUGAGAUAGGCAUAGACCCAGCCGGUCUUGAUUUUCCACGUUAGGGCCCGGGCACGCGAUGUACUCUCGUCAGGGAUAGAAACGCCCAACUCUGACCCUGUCUCGGUUGGGCCCGGUAUGCGUUUCUAACUCUGAUGAACAGUAUGGGUUUUACGAUGUUCCAUGUUCAAAUUUGGCGUUUGCUUUCGGAAAUUUGUUUUACUUCCAUCAGUACGUGGAGUUCAAUAUUGCGGUUACUUUACUGGCUUUCGAUGUGUGAUAUGGGCACGCGACACGACCCGCGAGCCUGUCGAGGUACGAUGGGGGGGGAUACAACGCACAUUUUCAGGAAAGGCGACAGCGGUAGAUAUGAUUUGGGGUUCUAUGUGAUGGAGACGGCUAUAUUUGAAGUUACAAAAAUCGUUCAGAUAAAAGAAACCACCACACUCUAUGUAUCAAAAGCUAUCUCAAAGCGCAUUGCUUGAAUGAUAUGUUCGUCUGAAUGAAAUGAACUCUGUUUGAUUGU